AUACAAUUGCUCGACCUAACGGUGUACUGCCGGAGGGAUCAUUCUCUUUUAUCGUCGGUCUAAUGGCAGGCAAGUUGGCGGCGGCCGCAGUGAAGGCGGUGGCAGUGGCCAAGGGCUACCAGUAUACGUGGAGGGAGAAGCUCGCCAAGCACAAGGACGAACUCGCCAAAGGGGUAUGGGGCUACUGGGAACUAGGCGCCUGGAAGCCCCUAGCGAUCAGUGCCCGCAAGCGAGCACGUCUGCGGAAGGAAGUCCUUAUCGCCGGAGAGGAUUGGCCUUACGAUCCGCCUAGGAAGGAGAUGAGGAACAAGAGGAAGGGACACAAAUGCGACCGCGUGUCUGCGGAGAAGCGGGCGCAUACUGCUGAAUUGAUGAAGAAGAUGCCUGACAUGCUUCUCGCUUACAAGAAGCGUAGAUGGGAAAAGAAGAUGAAAGAGGAAGAAGAAAAUAAGGGAAAGACCGCCUAAAAUGCCUUUCCGUGUAAGCUUCUGUCAGGGAAUAAAAUCGUGUGAUCCUCUGCUGCAGCACAAUCUCUCAGAAUACCUCAUCCAUGGGAAUAUUUUAAUGGAGUUCUAAGAUCACGCAAGAGCUGCUGUCUUUUUAAAAACAUUAAUUUCCAUGUAUUGGUUCAGAAAACUUGGCAAAUGAUCAUUCUGUUCAUAUGCAGAAUUAAUUACAGAAUGUAGAAUCGCAUUGUUGUGUUAUGCUUCCUUAACAAAGUUUUAUUUUUACGUCUA